GUUAACGCGGUAGCAGACAACACAAAUGUGCGUUGAGGAAUUUAGUUAGUGUACACCUCGGGAGAACGCAAAAGACUGACAACAAUAUACGAUUUAUAUAAACAAGAUAAGCUACCACAAGUCAGUUCCAAGAUGGACGAAAGGUUACGCUGGCUUGAGACUCGUAUCAGUUCAUCUCUCAGGCCCAGGAAUGAAGAACUGAAAAACCUUUUCCUCAAUGAUGACAACAGACUUGCUUUCUAUGAGUUUAUCAACAAUGAAGACAUCAAGAAGCUGUUUGUUUACGUGCGCCCGAUGCGACAGUUUACAGCUGCGCUGCAACCUCCACAUGACCUCAAAUCCAAAUCAAUAUUCUUCCUCAAGUGCAAUCCUGGAACCAAACUCACCAAAGAUAACAUGGAUCAAGAAGUGUUUUAUAUGGACUGUAACAAUGUGCCCCUGGAGCACCUGGAACUCACUAUUAGAGAGGUGUACCUGCCUUUACUGGGCACCAACCAGCCCAGUGUCAUGGAGGCCGGUAUCAACGGGGACAAGAUCAUGGAUAUCUUGCAUAGACUAAUGGCAGCAGUGGAGGUCACACAGGGUCAUGUCAGGGGUCAGAUAGUGCUGAACAUGCCGUCUAUAGAAGUCCUGGCCGAGGCAGCAGCAUCACCAAACAGACGAGGAGCAGUUCUACACGUCCUGGAGUCAACAGUCAUCAACUGGAUCAAACAGAUCAGGGUGGUGUUGAAGCAUGAUCCUACAGCAGACUUACAGAAUCAGUUCGGCAACGAGCCAGGCCCCUUGGAGGAGAUGAAGAUGUGGGAGAACCACCUGGACCGACUCCACUCUGUCAACACCCAGCUGGACUCUGACAUGUCCCUGGACAUUCUACACAACCUGGAGCAGGCCAACAGCCAGUACGCCCACUCCUUUAGCAGUGUGAGGAAGGAGAUCAAUAAGGCUGUAGCCGAGACUAACAAGAUCUUGAAGUUCCUGAGUACAAUGAGGCCAUGGUUUGAGAGACUUCACAUUGCCACGGAGCCACGGCAGAUGCUAGUGUUGUUCAAACCUCUCAUGACAGUACUCAAGCUUGUGUGGAGCAGCUCCACAUACUACCACCAGAUAGACAAGUUCCACAACCUCCUCAGAUUGCUGUCAAAUGAAGUUGUUCACAGAGCCAUAGCCAUGGUUGGAGAGGACGUACUGAGAGAACCACUAGAGAAUUACCUACUGCUGCCUUUCAGUCCUACACUGCUGAAGGAGGCAUUGAGGAGUGUGUGUGCAGCGUCGGGAACCUACCUGGACUUCAAGGACACAGCUGAUGACCUGAACGCUCAGAACAUCGCUGAAAACAUAGGAAAGACUGUAAGAUUUGCAGCAAGACCCCAAGGGGCUCUGUUCUCGACUAAAAUGUAUGGCCCCCAUGCAUACACUCCACGAUAUGGACUGCGGAACUCGGAGAGUCACUCCAGCACAGCGUCCCUGGAUGAGGAAGACCUGUGGAAUGACAGUCCCUGGCCUCCCCGGAACGCUCCAUGCUUUGAUCUUCUCAACAGCUUCAUGGAGAGGUGCAAUGAUGUGCUGGAGUUGGUGGAGACGACGCGGCACUUCCGACUGCUGGCAGGGGCAGCGGAGGUGGGCGGAGCUGGGAGCUUGAGUCUGGACGUGAUGGUGAAGGAGAUACACCAGAAAUAUACCUACGCCAUGCAGGAGUUCUUCUCUGUUGUUGACAAUGUGUUGAACAUAGAUGGAUCACAGUUGUUUGAGAGGUCCUUCUUCAAGUUCAGGACAGUUGUAAAGUCCCUAGAGAAACGUCUAGCUGGGAUCCUACGUCAGGCAUUCUGUCAGUGUCCUACUGUAGAGGCACAGCUCCGACUCCUGGAGGUGUUUGAGGGUGUCAGUAGCAGGGAGCUCGUCCAGGCCCACCUCCGAGACAAGGAUGAACAACUGGUUCGAGCCUUCACUGCGGAGCUGCAGCAAGUCAGGGCCAUGUUCGGCGAGAACUCCAUCUCACCCCCCUCACACUACAACAUGCCCCCUGUCGUCAGCAGGCUUAUGUGGGUGGUGGCACUCAGAGAGAGAAUUAGGAUACCAUGGGAGAAACUUCGUCAUGUGAGUCCCCACUCAGUGGAGGGCAGUGGUAACUUGCAGAUGCGGGAAACAUACAAUGACUGCAUUCAAGAACUGGAAGCAUAUGAGAGGAAGUUGGAGACAGAUUGGCAGAACAACAUCACAUCGGAGCUGACUCUGAGACUUAAACAACCACUGCUGAUUGCAGAAGAAUAUGAUGAGGAUUUAGACACACGACCUCAGGUGGUCCAUGUCAACCUUGACCCCCAGCUACUGCUGUUGCUACGGGAGAUACACUAUUUAGCCAAUGAGCCGUUCAACAUCCAUCUACCCAGUGCAGCCAAGGAGCUCAUCAGGAACACCAACUCCUUCGAGCUGAGCGUGACAGCCACUCGUCUGGAGACCAUUGUAUCCAAGUACAACACUAUCAUGAGAACAAUUGGGACAUUUGAGAAACCACUGUUUGAGAGGAAACUAGACAAGAUUGACUCAUUGUUCGAACAAGGGCUGCAGCAGUACACAUGGAAGAUGAAGGAGUCUGCAGACUUUAUUGAGACGGCCAUGGCACUCGUAUGCAUGGAUGUCCAUCAGAACCUGGACGUUGUCCAGACCAACUGCCAUGAGAUUGCUGAGAUCACCAUCUCCUGGUCAACGGGCACCCUGGACGUGUUCAAGGCGAGGGAAGCCCAUCUGUCUUAUUCCAUGGAAGACCUCUUGGACAUGCAGAGACAUCUGACUGACGACCAUGAGAGUCUGGUGGUUCCUUCUGGUAACAAGAUACACCAGCUGGUGCAGGUCUCCUUUGAGGCAGUACAGAUCAGCCAGGCCUCCCCAGCAUGGCAAGACUACAUUGACUACAUCGACGCCAUCAUCCUGGACGGGCUGAAGCAGGCCACACUGACCAGCCUCCGCUCCAUGCUCAACACACUGGUGCAAGCCAACAUCGCUCAGGACAAUGAAGACAUGAGCAUCAUCCCUGUGCUGACCAUCCGCUUAGAGUUGAUAGAAAACAGUGUGGCAUUCCGGCCACCGCUUGACCAGAACACAUCUGUCAUCAGUGUCCAGGAACUGGUUCAGCGCUGGCUGGAGGGUUUCCUGGCUCGGGGGAAACUUGUCAGAAUGCUGGGGCCCAAGGGCAGCUAUGAGGACUACAUCGCUGCAGAUGAUGAAGUGAAGCAGCUGCUGAUGAACAUCAACCAGAUGGUGGAGGAGAACAGCGAGGAAUGCAAGAAGCUGCUCGAGGUUUUCCGAGAUUAUGCGUUCUUGUGGCUGCAAGAUGUCAACCAGACAUUUGAAGAGUUCCUUCGAGGAAACUUGUCACCGAACCCACUGAGAAGUGCCAACAGACCAAUGACAACCGAGAUCCGACAGCAGGCUAUGGAGAGGACGUCGCUUCAUUCCAGAGCUUCCUCAGCCAAGAGCAGUAUUGACUCAGCUGGUCUGAUGGGUACUGCGGAGAGGACGCUCCUCACCCCCAAGGGCAACAAGGAGGGGGACAAUCACAACAUCCCAUCCUUGGAUGAGUUUGACAAUGAGAUAGACAUCUACAAGAGUGCCCGAGAUGAGGUGCAGGCGCUACAGAACUACCAUAAUGUGGGUUGGCUGAGAGUGGACCUGCAGCCUAUAAAGCAGGUUCUUACCACCUAUGCCAGCAAGUGGAUGUGGACGUUCACCAAGUACCUCUCGGAUCAGGUGACUCAAAUGCUAGAGAAGUUGGAUGUGUUCCUGAAGAGGAUUGAGCCAGAGAUUGAGAGUAUCACCGGAGAGGAGAGAGACACAGCCAGCUUCAUGAAGAUGAUGAGACUCUUUAAUGAGGUGUCAGCUCAACAGUCGGAGAUGGACGGCAAGUUCACAGCGAUGCAUCGGACGGUCUUACUACUGAGGAAGUAUGGCCAGGUGCUGCCGGAGAAGACCCAGUUCCUGUUCUCAGCAGCUCCAGGCCGGUGGAACAACCUCAAGACUAAAGUAUCCCUGGCCAAACAGAGACUUGGACCACGCAUACAGGAGGAAUCAGCCAGAAUCACACAGGACCUUGAGGCAUUUGCUGACCGUGUGAUGGACCUGAGCAAUGACCUGGACAAGUCUGACAUCUAUAAUAGAGAGUGUUCCCUGGGGGAGGCCUGGGUUGUCAUAGACAACUUUGUCAAGCGGCUCACGGUGCUGGAGAAUGAAGCUCAGGAUCUGAUUGAGCUGCAGGAGCUUCUGGAGGCGUCUGUUGUCAACUUCUCCGUCCUGCCACAGUGCCGCUAUGAGCUCAACAACCUGAAACAAGUAUGGGAGACUGUCAGGGUUAUAGAUGAACAGCAGUCCGAGUGGAAGAGGCAUCGAUGGCAGAAGAUGAACACCAAGUUUCUCCGGGAGGAGACGAGCAAACAGCUGGACAUUGUUCGAGCUCUCCCAGAAGAUGUUUUCACCUGGGAUGUCUACAUGGGGCUGCAUGAGUCUAUCACUACCAUCCAGGCCUGUCUGCCUCUGAUUGAUGACCUGAGCAGUUCAGCCAUGAGGACCCGGCACUGGAAGCAGCUGGUGAGAGUGACAGGCGGCGCCCUCACCAUAGACAAUGACACCCUGAAGAGGAUGACGCUUGGAGAGCUCCUCAGUCUGGGACUACAGAAGCAUGUUGAUGACGUGAGAGCUAUUGUACAGAGAGCAGUGAAGGAUCUGUCCAUAGAGCAGUCCCUGAAGACAUACGAAGAGGUCUGGCUUAGCAAGAUAUUCGAACUCAGGCCUCACGUCCGGAGUAAAACAAACUCCUCUGCUUCAGAUGUGCCAGACAACCAGAGCGAGUAUGGCCAGAGUGAUGCUGGUCAAGGCCAGCAGCUCCAGGCCGGCAACUCACAGCCCAGUCGCAGUCAGGUGCGCACCACCAGCCGCAUCUCCAACCAGAGUUCCCACAGUCGCAAGAGAAACAGUGUCUGCUCUCUGCCUGCCUCCCUGCUUAACAUGGGCGAGGACUCUGGAUUACUGUAUCUGUUGACGAUGACGGAGUCGAUAUUUGAUGAGCUGGAGAGCCACCAGGUGUCGCUGCAAGCCAUGCAGAGCAACAGUGCAGCUGGCUCCUUCCUGGACGAGGUGCUCAAGUGGCAGAAACGGCUCCAGACCAUCGAGGCAGUGCUAACUACCUGGCUGGAGGUACAGGAGAAGUGGGUGGAGCUCGAGGAGAUAUUCUCCAGCACUGACGUGAGGACGUCACUGUCUCAUGAUGCUAACAGAUUUGCUGUGGUCAACAAGGACUUCCGUCUCCUCAUGAGGGCAACAGAGAAGAACCCCAAUGUCCUCCAGUGCUGCUCACGCAAGAACAUCUUGAACAUCAUGGAGCACAUGAACCACAGCCUGGAGUCUUGUCGCAGAUCCUUGCUCAACUAUCUGGAGAGACGGCGCCAGAUCUUCCCCAGGUUCUACUUCCUCUCCAUGGAGGACGUGCUGCACAUCGUGUGUAACGGGUAUGACCUAAGCCAGGUGAACUUGUACAUCAGCAAGCUGUUUGAGAAUGUUGGCAGCCUGGUGUACGACAUGGAGGAAGAGAACGACAGAUGCAGCUUCACCAUCACAGGGGUGGAGAGUACCCUGGGAGAGAGAAUGGAGCUGAUUCAGCCUGUCAACUGUGACGGUCAGAUAGAAACAUGGCUGACAGCUCUAAUGAGUGGCAUCAGGUCCACACUGCAGUACCAGGUCGCCUCGUCCCUGGGGGUGGAGAAACCACUCAUAAAGUCCAAGAGGAUCCGCAGUGCAGGGGCCAGGAAGGUGCCUGUACCCACACAGAGCUCCACCUCCAACACCAAGACCAACAAAGACCCACCUGGGAGUCGGCAGUCAAGCCGGCAAGGAAGGAAGGAAGAUGCUGCAGUGACGAAGACACCAUCAGCCGGGGAACUGUUUGCUGACCUUGACCCACUGGAGGAGGGCAGUAGGUCAUGGACACUGGACCAUGUGUCCGAGAUUGUCUACCUGGCCACACAGAUCCAGAUGACCAAACAGAUAGCGGAGUCAGUGGACGGACUGGAGGCUGGAAAUGCAGAAGCUCUUAGAGAUGCCCUGGACAAGAUCGACACCAGCAUCGCGGCUACCACCAUGUUGCUGAAGGGGCUGGAGGGAGAGAAAGAAGCAAGUCAACGACGAGACAGGGAGAAACCCAGCAGUGAUGCUCAGUCCAUGAGAGACAUGAUCACAGAGAGGGAACAGGACCUGCUGUCGGACUCCCAGGGACGGCGCAGCGCUGCUCUAGCCUCCAAGAAGGGCUCCACCCUGGACGUGGCAGGAGACAAGUCCCCCAUCCUGGAGGAAGAAGAGGAGGAGGAUGUGCUUACCACUGGGGAUGCUGAAUCUGUUCAAGAAGCCAACACCAUGCAGCCACUAGACACAAUGAACAUCUUGGUGCCGGAGGAGAAGAAGGAAUCGGUGGUUGUCAUGGAGACAGUGGUGGAGGAAGAUGAUAAGACGGAGGUGAAGCUGAUGUUGUUCCCAAGUCAGAUACAGAAGCUGACCUGUCUCAUGGCUCUGCUGGCUCACCUGCGUGAUCUGGUUCACAGACUGAUGGAGCUGGCCGCUGUCCAGGCCCCCGCCACGACCUUUGACUGGAAGUGUCAGCUAAUGUACAACUUUAAGGAGGACACUAAGGCUGUCACAAUACAGUGUAUGGAUGCUGCUUUUGAGUACGGCUUUGAGUACAUCGGGGCCAGCAGCAGGGAAGUCAUCACCCCCCUCACAGAACGAGUGUUUGUAUCUCUCACUCAAGCCAUCAAGUCUCAUCACGGAGCGCUCUGUGUCGGACCUAUCGAAAGUGGGAAGUUUGAGAUUGUGUCUGAGCUCAGUCGAUGCCUGGGCCAUGUCAAGUAUGUGUUCAACUGUACCCCAUCCGUGGACUACGCACAGCUACAAGAUAUCUUCCGAGGAAUGGCUUCUACGGGGGCAUGGGUGUGUUUCAACAAGAUCAACCUGAUUGAACCUUCUGCACUGAGCGUCUUCUCCCAGCUCAUGGCGGUGGUGAUGGGAGCUCUGAGGGCCGGCAAGGCCGUCGUCCACCACCAGUCCGAGGACGUCCAGCUCAGUCCACAUGGAGCUUGUUUUGGCUUUAUGUCAUCAGAAGUGCCUGUUCUACCCAGGGAUCCAGACAAGAUGUUGCUGUACACUUCCGCCGUUGCCACUCUACCAGACACCAUCCUCAGACAGUUCCGAGUUGUCUCCGUGGCUAAGCCAGACCUGCGGCUAGCUCUAGAAGUCAUGCUGUUCAGCCAAGGGUUCCUCCAUGGACGGGAGCUAGCCCGUAAGACAACCCACCUCCACCACAUGUGCUGCCAGAUAUUUGGAACCAAUACUUUCAUCAAUGACAAGGCCACCAUGGGUUCGGACCGUAGUGCCAGUUUCCAUGGCUGGAGUCUCCACACGAUGAAAGGGGUGACCGCCGAGGCUGGAGCAUUCCUGGAGAAGACAGGCCAGCAGACAGACAGCCAGUCACAAGGUUUUGGUGAUACCUUCCGGAGAGACGGCCUGGAGAAGCACGAGCAUGAGACCCAAGAGAAAGGUGUGGAGCCAGUGAUCCUGAACAGCAGCAGCAGCCAGCUGGAUGAGAAGAGGCAGCUGGAGGAGGAAGCUCUGGUGACGGCGCUCCGUAACACCUUCAUGCCUCGCAUGCAGACCCGCGACGCCAGUGUUCUUGCCACCCUGCUGUCCGACCUGUGGCCUGAUGUCAACAUCCCCAUGAUGUUCGGCGGAGACUCACAGGUGUUCCAGCAGAACAAUGACUCCCUCUUCACCCUCCGCUCUGAUCUCCGUCUCCGCACAGCACGCAGUCACGACUCACAGAAGUCUCUCAAAGAUUCACUGAACUUGAACACUCCCGUGGUGACCCUCGCCCACGCUGACCGGUUCAGUGCUUUGUUAGAUCAAGAUGCCAAGGAGGCGAUGGACAACAUGCAGGAUGCCAUCGCCGUGGCAACAGAAGACCUUGGUCUCCUUCCUGGUGCGGCAUUCCAGGCAAGAGUUGUCCAGCUGGCUCAACUCAACGCUGCCCAUCAGACGAUAAUCGUUGCUGGUCCUCCUGGAUGUGGCAAGAGUGAGUGUAUCAAGACGUUUGCGGUGGCCGAGAGGGAGCUGGGGAAGAUGAUCAGUAUUCAGACAGUGUUCACCAAGGCCGUAGAGUCCGAGGAACUCAUGGGCUACCUCCACCCCAAGACCAGGGAGUGGAAGGAAGGACUACUGACGACACUGCUGAGGAAAUUCUGUAUCCAACCUGCAUCAGUGAACUAUGAUGUCCACUGCAAACCUACCAUGAAGAUUAUGCAACUCGAUGGACAGACGGACCCAUCCCAGAUGGAGAUUCUACAGAACUGCCUCAUACACAACGGAUCCGUAGUGCUGGCCAACAAUGAGAGGAUUGUCAUUCCAGACACAAUGAGGUUCAUCUGGGAGCAAGAGUCUCUGGAACAUCUGAGCCCCUCUGUCCUGGCCAAUGUUGGAGUAGUGUGCAUGAACACAUCUGAUGUAGGCUGGAAGCUGAUGCUGGUACAGUGGCUGGAGCAUCGGUCCGAAGCUGACCGAGACCUGCUGUCCAGUCUGUGUAACAGCUAUAUAGAGAAGGUGCUGAUGUUCUUGACAGAGUGUACACAGCCCCCAAUGUUUGGCCAGAAGAAGACCACUGGUCAUCUGACCUACAAGAGAGUCAUACAACACACGCCUGAGAACAUGGUGCACACUUUCUGCAACCUGCUGGAGUCUCUAGUGAAUCCCUACCCUGACCUGAGUGACGUGGAGUAUGAACGCUACUUCAACUUUGCCUGUGUGUGGUCAUUUGGAGGAACACUGUCCCUAGAACACAGAGAGUCUUUCAGCCAGUGGUGGAAGGAACAGUUCGAGACGUACAUUGACUACCCAGAAGAUGGCACAGUGUUUGACUACCUGGUCGACAGUGAGACUCAUGAGUUCUGUAGAUGGAGCGACAUCGUCCCCUCCUACACAGGCACGCCACAUGAAGGUAUCCCAGCGGAUGCUUUUGUCCACACAGUCCACAUUGAGCAACUCCUGCAUCUGCUGGGCCUGCUGUCUGAUGCGGGUAAACCGGUGAUGCUGGUUGGGGAAAAUGGCUGUGGGAAAACCUCCAUCAUCAAUGAGAGAAUCCGAACUGUGUGUUCCGGGGAGGUGGCCGAAGUGCUGUCACUCACAGUGUACGCAAACAGGUUCUUGAAUGCACGUCUCCUGUAUGAACGCCUGGACGAGAGGCUGGAGUGGAAACAUGGUAGAACAUACGUUCCAAAGGGCAACAAGAGGCUCCUGUGUCUCGUGGAUGACCUCAACUUAUCUCAGGUUGACAAGUACGGCUUCCAGACGGCCACGGAGCUGGUGCGAGAGCACCUUGAUGAUGGCGGCUUCUACUCCCCAGCAUCACACGCCUGGCACUAUGUGAAGAACGUCACCUACGUCACCACCAUCAACCCCCAUACGACAGCCAGCGUGCCCAAGCUCAGCCAGAGACUUCUCCGGCACUUUGCCAUAUUUGGUUGUCCAUACCCAGGGAGCACUGAGCUACAGACUAUAUUCACUACUCUCCUACACACACACUUCGUCACUCCUGACUCCAUUGUGUCCUCGUCACACCACGGCAGCAGCAUCCACGACGACAAGAGCACCCGACUAGAGGAUACAGUCAAGUCGUGUGUCAGCCUCAUCGUCAAGGUAACAGUGGAACUCCAGGAUAGGCUGAGGACCAUGUUCCUCCCUACAGCUCCUCGAUGCCACUACAUUUUCACCACCAGGGAUCUGUCCACCAUCUUCAGGAACAUCUGUUUGUCCCAGCAGCCCGACUGUUCACGCAAGAACAUCCUCCACCUGUGGCAGCACGAGUGUUUCUGGAUCUACGGCCGACGGAUGGUCAAUGACGUAGACUUCCGCCGCUUCAAGCAAGCCUUCACCACAGCAGUGAGGAAACAGUUCACCAAUGAAGAACAGAUCCAGUUGGUCACCUCCAACAAGCCCCCCAUGUUCAGCAACCUGAUCGAGCAGGACAGCGGCAUCGUGACGGCGGGCAGGACAGACUCGCGCCACAGCGCCAACGUGUCGGAGAAGGAUGCCAAGACUGACCUGUACAAACCCAUGUCCUCCCUACAGGAGGUGAAGGAGCUCAUGGAGAGAGGGGUUGAGGAGUACAAUAAGAUACACCCCCGGAUCAAGCUGGCCUUGUAUAAGACUGUCAUAGAACAGGUGUGUCGCCUAGCACGGACCAUCGCCUCCCCCCACGAAGGAGCCAACACAGUGCUGGUUUCGGAGGGCUGCCCAGGACGAUGUACCAUCAUCGUGAAGCUGGCGGCCAACCUGUGCAACUACACCAUCUACCAGAUCAAUCCCAGCCCUCUGUCUGGAGCCACAGAGUACAAGAUGGAGCAGUUCAAGGCUGACCUGGUCCAUGGCUACACCAGGGCUGGAGCCAAGGGAGAGAAGAUUCUUCUGCUGCUCCACGAAGAGGAACUGCUGGAUGAAGACUUCAUCGUUUUCCUCAUAGAGUUCAUCGUGUCUGGCUCUAUCACACAUCUGUUCUCCUAUGAGGAACAAACCACCAUUAUCAACUCCAUCAGGACUGAGGUGACCCAGGCAGGACUUACAUACACGAGAGAUGUGGCCUGGAACUUCUUCCUCAGGACUGUGAGGAACAACUUCCGUGUGUGUUUGAUCGCCGGCCGCGGGGGACAGAAGUUCCAGCACCGUUGUCGGGAGUAUCCAGCAUUCACCAAGAACAUGAACCUGAUCUGGUUUCCUCACUGGAGCAAGUCCCAGCUGGUGGAACACGCCUUCUAUCAUCUCGCAGGUGUUGAGUGGAUGUCGGAUGUCCAGCGUGAGAACAUCGCUCACAUGUUAGCCUCCAUGCAUCUCGUGCUGCGGCAACAGGACGGGCAGGAGAGGGACUCAGGGGAGUACGGACACAUCACCAACACCUCGUACGAGAAGUUUGUUGAAAGGUUCAUCUCGCUGACAUGCAGUCGAUACAGCGAUGUGAAUGAGAUCCAGAUGGCCGUCACCCAGACUCUGCAGCAGAUCCGGCGGGAGAACGAAGUGGCCAUCAAAUUGAAGAAGCAGCUGGAGCAUGAGAUGGUGGUGCUCACUGAACGCAAGGCUGGCACAAUCAAGAUCUUGUCGCAGAUUGGGCAGGACACAGCCAUCACUGAGCAACAGAUCAAGGUGGUGAAGAACCAGCUGGAGAAGAUUCACAAACUCAAGAAGCUGCUGCCCGAGUACCAAGUGGCCCAUGAGAGAGCUGUAUACAAGGCUAUUGCUAUUGUGGCUGACACCAAGAAGGUCGUGCAGAACAUGAACAUUGACAAGCUGGCGGAACUCCGAGCCAUGUCCAAACCUAUCAUCGACAUCGAGGACCUCAUGGCUACCAUCAUCAUGAUCUGUAAGUACCGGUCAACAUGUGCGUCUCGGGACCGGGGUCCGUGCACGCCUGCAGGCACUGACGCGGGGCACUCUGUCUGCUCCUCCCUCUCUGUUGUUCCUAGUGCUAGGCCGCCCACCGGGUCGGGGUUCGGGUCCUUCUUCGCGAGGGAGACUCCAGCCUCAGACUCGGCUCGGGCGCCGAAGUCGAUGGAUACUGGGGAGGUCGAGGAGCAGGAGGGUGCCUUCCGCUUCUCUUCUUCGCUCUGCGGGAGCACCCGCUGGGUGUCUCGCCCUCGGCCUCCCGCUCCUCCACCUUCCUCCGCUGGGGUGCAGCCUACACCCGAAGUCCGCUGGCUGGCUUCGCCGCUUGGCAGAUACCACCGCAUGAUGCUGUCCAAGGUGAAGCCACUCCAUGCUAAGGUUGAUGAGACAACGCAGGCAGUGGACAGUGCGGAACACAAGAUGAACACUCUGGAGAGCAAGAGAAAGGCUCUAGAGAUUCGUCUGGCGGACCUGGCCCGAGGGUUUGAGGAGGCCACCAUUGACAAGAACGAGCAGGAGGAGAAGACGGUCAAGAUGAAGAAGAUGCUAGACACAGCUGCACAGCUCAGGAAGAUCCUGAAAGGCGAGAGACAGCGAGGUCAGCAGAUCUAUGACUCGCACAAGCGCCGCCUGGUGGCCAUUCCAGGAGGCUGCGGGAUGUCGGCAGCCUUUGCCACGUACCUCGGUCCCUACCACCACAACUUCCGACGUGUGAUGCUGACAGUCCACUGGCCCAACUGUCUGAGGGAGAGGGGCAUCCCACUGGUCAUUGACUCCAUUGAUGGUCUUAGAGGACGGGUAAUAGACUGGUCCAUCAACUUCCUGAAGACAGCGUCCGGCGCCAGCUCCAUAUACGAGGCUGACUACAUGUCCGUCAUACAAGGGGAGCUGGACAUACCUGAUGACAUCGAUGACAAGGAGAAGGAGGGAGAGGAAGAUGCAGGAGGGAAGAAGAAGGAGGAGAGGGAACAGGAAGUAUCCAAGGCGGAGGAGUUGGGUGAGGGUGGUGACUCCCCUCCUGCCACACCCAAGGCACCAGUGACCCCCAAAUCUGGAGCUGUGAAAUCAUCUGACCAGGACAUGGAUGAGGGACGCAAGACAAGUGGAGAAGAUGUAACAGGUGAUGUCCUGGCCGAUGGAGAGGAUCCCAUGCUGGGUGCUGGAGGUCUCGAGAGAAUAGCAGAAGAGGAUGAUGAUGAGUAUGGCAGCCAGUACUCCGACAGUACUGCACCAGUACUCACUACCAUGCAGUACAACAAGUAUGUGCGCAGCCUCAUCAAACUCCUGAUCGGGGAACCAACUCUCAAUGACUGGAUUAGAAAAGACUUCGGACCUCGGCAAAUCGAGAAUGCAGCAAUACUGAGCACCUCCUGGCAGAGACCACCAAUGAUGAUCGACCCCAAUGGAGAAGGUUCCCUAUGGCUGGGGAGACUCAACAAGUUGAUGAACAAACACAAACUCAUCUCCCUCGACAUGGAAACAAGAUGGACAGAUCCACAGGUUAUUCUCACCCUGGAGAAGGCCAUAACUCGGGGCAAGCCUGUCCUUCUGAGGAACUGUGAGGAGCACAUAGACAACAUCAUCACACCACUUGUACACCACAGGAACACUGCCAGGGAGAACAACAAUGAUGAAGAACCUCGUAUGAUCAUGUUCUGUGGGAGACGCAUAUUGUGCCACCAGAACUUCCGCUUCUACCUGUCCACGCCACUCCCCAAACCCAAGUUUGAUCCCGACAUCGCCUCCACGACCUGCCUCCUCAACUUUGGUGUCUCCCACGACACCCUCAUUGAGGAUCUGCUGAUGAGAGCCUUCGCUCGUAUCCGCCCUGACCUGUACAGGGAGCGGGUGAUUGCUCUGCGAAACCUGCAGUUGAUGAAGGACACGCUGUACCGGCUGUCGGAGACGGUGAAGGAGCGGGUGCUGGCAGGGGGCCAGGAGGCCAUGCUCAGCAGUCCCAAGGCUUUACAGUUCAUCACAGACCUCACUGAAGCCAAGAUGAAGCUUGCCAGGAAGCUGGCUGAUACACAGAGUCUUCUGGACGACCUUGAGCUGUUGAAGGAUGAAUUAUUCCCCCUUGCCAGGCGGGCAGCCAUGAUGUUCUCUGUCCUACAGAGUCUGCCCAGUGUCCACAAUGAGUACCAGUUUACCCUGCAAUAUUUCAUUGAACUCUUCGAUGAGGCUGUUGGAGGAGAACUUCCCAAAGACUUUGGACAGGACCCAGAUGCUGAAGAUGGCUAUGAGCUGGAUGGUGAGAGCAGUGUGGAGGUUGACAAACGGCCUCGAGUCGGCAGCACUUCAUCCCAGGCAUCAAACACAGAGAAGACUGCCACAGACAAACCCACAGACUCAGGCAAGGAAGAAACUGUAGCCACGACAGGGGAGGGAGAGGAAGCCAAGCAGGAGUCGGGACAUGCAGAGGUCACCACAGAAGAGUCCACUGCCAGCACUGGAGCUGCUCAGAAGUUUGUGGAGGGAAGUGAGUCUGAUGAUUUACCUCCUCUAGAGCUGCCUGACACGGUCCCCCUGCCGUCGGAGGGUGUGGACUACACAGCUCUGUCAGUGAACAAAGUCAAGCAACUGAUGGACAUACUGACCAGUCUGGUAUACCACAGGGUCAAGUUGAGCCUGUAUGAGGAGGACUGUUUGCUGUUCGCCACCCUGGCCUGCCUCAACAUCCAGAAUGAAGGAGGAGAGGUCUUCUCCACUGAGGAGAUGUCACUUCUUCUUCAAGGCAACCCUGGUCUAGGAAUGCAGCUGACACUGUCGGACUUUGACUGCUCAGACGAGCCGCCGCAGUGGAUGCCCCAGGAGAAGUGGGAGGACAUUCUGGCCCUGUCUGUGCUGCCCGGUCCUCUGGACAGUCUCUGUGUGGACUUUGCUCAAAACUCAGGUUCCUGGAAGGCCUGGUACAAGUCAGCCUACCCGGAGAGAGAGGCACUGCCUUGUGCUAGCGUAGCUCAAAACACAGACAUGCCUCCUCCUGAGAGUGGUAGAGCUGGGUCACGUGGCAGUGAGCGAGCUGCCGCAGCUGGAAGCCCUGACCUUGGUCUGCUGAGUGAGUUCCACCAGCUGCUGAUACUGCGCAUGUUACGACCUGACCGCCUGCCAGCUGCACUGACCAGAUAUGUGGAGAAGAGCUUGAACUUGACCCUGCCCAAGGAGACUGGCUUCAGUCUGGGAGAUGUCCUCCUGGAUGCUCGUAGUCAUCUGGGUGUGCUGCUACUUCUCCCUCCGAGCCCCUCCCACCUUCACAGCUGUUCAGUCAGCAGGCUCCGACUCACGCAUAGUCCUGUUACCAUGCUUACAGAUCUAGCCAAGAGUCACAGUGUGUCAGUGGAGGUGGUGAAGAUGUGUGAUGGGUGUGAAAUAGAGGUGGAUGAGGCCAUCGACACAGCAGAGAAACAAGAUGGCUGGGUGAUCAUUGAAGACCUCCACCUGGCGCCAACCACAUUCUAUAAGGAGCUCAAGAGACGGCUGCUGAGACUGUACAAGAGCAGAGCCGUCAUCCCAGCAGAGCAGCAGGACAAGUCUCGGUUCUGUGUGUGGGUGACGAGCGAACCGUGUGAACACAUCCCUAACUUCCUGCUGCAGAACCUGCACAAGGUGGCCUGGAACCACAUGAUCAGCCCGGGGGUGGACGAUACAGGGGAUCACAUCCUUCCCCCUCUCCAUCACGUCUCACCUGAAGGAUAUCUCAAGUCAGCUAUUGUGAACACACUACGGAAGAUCUCAGGAGAAGCCUGGGAGAAGGUCCGCCAGGAGACACAGUUGGUUCGCUCCCUGGUGUACGGCAUUGCUGUCAUUCAGGGAGUCUUGGUUGCUAGGCAACUCUUUGGCAGUGUUGGUCUAAGUCAGUGGUACCCCUUUGACACUGUGGAGAUUAGUGGUGCUGUUUCCAUGGUGACUGGAACACUGUUGAAGAAGAAGGAUGAGACUGAGCCUGGGUUGGAGGAACUUUGUUUCGGCCUGUCGAAACUCCUGUACGCCAUGAUGGUGAUGGAUGAGUCAGACCAGAUGUACAUAGAGAACCUCUGCAGCCACGUCCUGGGACAGGUGUACAAGGAACCUGCGGGGGAAAUCCUGCUGGGCACGGUCCUCCUUCCCACCCCACCAGCCAAUGUUGAUCCCACGGAGUACGGCGACUGGUUUGAGCGUGUGGGAGAUGACACCAUGACUCUGCCUGCCUUGCAGCUAGGAGCAGGGGUGGAGAGGGAGAGAUGUGAAGCCAGUGCCAGCACAUUCAUCAAUCACCUGGACCUGAUGUUCGAAACCCAGAACAAUGAAGCUGGAGACAUUUCCACACCUUCCAACAACACUGUCAACAUUGCCAAACUACGCUCAGCUCUUGACGUCUGCCUGGAAGAGUUGCCUCCCUUGCUGGAGCUAGGUCAGGUGCCCUUGACCUUGACCCAGGACUACAACUUCCCCUACCACUGCCCAAGUAUCAUCAGUCUGUCGAGCAUGUCCAGCUCUCUGAUGCCUGAAAGCAUUGGUUAUGUGCUUCUGCAGGAGUGUCUCUGGCUCAACUCCAUCCUGUGUCACAUCAGACAGCAGAUCAGUGACCUUCAGGGCUGUCUGCUUGGUGGCCCUGAGGCUCUGCCACGCUCCCACCUGAGCACUGUCUACAGCCUGCAAGAAGAACAUGUCCCGGUGUCCUGGAUACACCCCAACUGUCAGUCCUGUACACACUCUCUAGUGUCCUGGCUUGCAGACAAAAAGAAGAGGUACCAGCAGCUGCAAUCCUGGGUCAGACGAGGAAUGGUCCCCACGUUCAAGGACAACGGUCAGUUACAGGACAACCCAACCAUAGCCUGUGGUCAUCUGUCAACCGUCUGGCUGGGAGGGCUGGUCAACCCAAGGUCACUGCUGUCAGCCUACAGACAGGAGAAGGCAAUUUUGUGCAAGUGUGACAUAGAUCAGAUUGUGUUUGAAUGUGACGUCCUCAACACAAUGGACACGGAGGACAUAGAGAUGGAGGACGGUUUAUUUCUGACUGACAUACAUUUACAAGGAGCAGGUUGGAACUUCGACAAGGACAUGUUGAGAGAAUCAAAGAGAGCGUUGUUUGAGGUUCCGUGUGUGUACGUGAAGCUGAUGAAGAAAGCAACUCCCCCACCAGCUGAGAGGGAGGGAGAUGGUGACAUGGAGGAACUCAAUGAGAACAUCUACCAGUGCCCUGUCUACAUGAACAGAAGCCGACAGAUGCUUGUCACUCACCUUCCCAUCAAGUGUCCUUCACCGUUAGAGAGAUGGGGUCUGUCUCGCACAGCCCUCAUCCUGGAUCCUGGUUUGCCUGAGGAUGGACCUAAGAAGUCAAGGUCCUACUUGCUGCUACAGCGCCUCCCACUGAGUCAACGAGGAGAGGGUGAGGAGAUGGGUGAGGAGGAGGAACUGGAGGAACAAACCCAACAGCCAGAUACUGCUCACACAGAGGCUGCUUCUGUCAAGUCACGAUCAAACCAGUCGGUCAAGUCUCAGCAGUCUUCUCAAUCCCAGCUUUCCUACAGAGCAAUGUCUCCCAAAGCUGACCCUUUGCCCCCAGGGCUCGGGCUGACAAGAGAAAGACCCAUGGUCCGGGAUGAUGCUCCGGAUGCUGCUCAGAAACCCUCAUCCCGGCCUCCCUCCAAGCCCAGCAGUGCCAACAGUAACAGGUCCAUCAUGAGAAGACCAGUUUCAAGAGGAUCAGGAAUCAGUGCAGGUUCUCGUGGUACCGAGGGAAGAAAUAGCAGUGGAAAGUCACAGAGUCAGGCAAACAGUGCUGUCCACAGAGAGCUGGACAAUAGAGGAAAUGAGCCAACAGAAGAACAGCUUGACCGGCAGUCUGAGGACCAGAGAGGAUCUGAUAAGGCAGGGUCUCGUGAUGAUCUUAGAGCAAGUCAGGAGAGACGUCCAUCUCAGAAGUCAGUUACCAGCAGAGUGAGAAAGGUUUCUGAAACAUCACAGAAGUCAGAUACCAGUGGUGUGAGAAAGGUUUCAGAAUCAUCACAGAGGUCUGGUGGCAUGAAUCAGGCAAAUGGAUCAGUUGCCUCUAGACAAGCAUCUCCUGCAUCUCUGGGUCAGACAAGUGGGAACAGGCCUCCGUCCAACCAGUCUCGGACAUCGGGACAGAGAGCGGAAGGAAGUUCACAGCGACGGUUAUCCAACACUUCCCAGACAUCUUCCCAAAGGGCCAAUGGUACCAGACCGCCAUCUAACACCUCCAAGACAUCCCAGGGGAGAAAGAUCUCUGAGACAGGGUCUCAACGUAGGAACCUGAACCAGUCCAACAAUGCAGAUGAUGAAGACAGGGUGGGAGAGAAUAACGGGAGUGCCGUGGAAGUUGAUGUAGAGAGAGUAGCUUCACCAGCAUCCAAGAAUUCAGCGGAUGCACAGCCACAGGUUGUUCAGGACUCACAUGAUGAAACUGAAAUGACACGAGGUUCUGAGAUUGAAGAUGCUGAUGUAGUUGGGAGGAGAGAGUCUAGGCCGCAGUACUAGACACAAAGUUUGAGAUUGAAGAUGCUAGGCAAGAGAGAUGCUAUUCCACUGAACAAGUGUCUGUGUAAACUAACAUGAUGCUGUCAGAUCCAUAGAUACCAAGGCUGACAAAAUUCUCUGUCUCAUUAUAAGCUGUAUUCGUUGUGAAGUUAGGCAGUGCUGGUGUAUGUUCAUUCCUGCUCAGUUUGAAUGGGUGUGAAAAGAAACAGCGUGAGACUGUGUCUCAACCUUCCCCUGCACAAGAUCCACCUUCAGUAUGAGCACAGAGUCCAGGGCCCAUUUCACAAAGCUAUUGUACUGCUACGACUGUCGUACCUCCUGUCCUGUAAACAUAGACUUACGACAGUCAUAGCGCUACAAUAGCUUUGUGAAACAGGUCCCAGGUUGAUGUCUGUGCAGUGGAUAUCAUGUUAUAUAUGCAUUUGCCAAGUGGCAGACCUCCCUUGCUAUGUACAUAAAAUCAAGGUGAUAUAUCAUAUCAUAGCUGCUUGAUCCUCAUACAUCUGGGUAUGGUUUGAGCAUUUUAAGCUUGUGACAAUGUUUUACCAUGUUUGAAUAUUUCCGACUACCAAGCAGUUUUUCAUGGAUGUGUUGAGAAUCUGAAGAUGAAGUGCUAUGAUACUGAAUGUUCCUGAACUGUGUGACGUUGACAUUUUUCUGAUAAAAAAUUGACUAUCCUGUGUUGAAUUUACUGUGUAUGUCAGAAUAAUAAAUUCCGUCCAUGGUCUGUGAUAACAUAUUUGUGAUAUAUAUUUCCAAUUGGUCACAUAUAUUAUCCGUUGUUAAACUUUAUGAUAAUAGAUGUGAUAAAAAUGUUUAAUGAACUUAAUUAUAUGUUUUAUCAUGUUUUUUGUAACCUCACCUCCAGUAUUAUUUAUACCAUUCCUUAUGAUUCACAUGUCGGUUUUACCUCAGAGUAUGUCCUGUUGUUGAGGCCAGAUUUUGUUUGAAUGAUAUUUGGAUAUUGUUGAUUCAUGACAUGUAUUUAUGCAGUAUAUAUGAAAUAGUUUAACUAUUUUAGACAAGUUAAUCAUCCGGACUAUAUAAAUUUGCAGUUGUCAGUAUUA